AUGCUAUCGGCGCUACGACGAGCUGACCUAUCUGUUCGCCGAUCGUCCCCGUCAGCACCGCUCUUCCUUGCUCGCCCGAUGUCGAAUCAGCCUGACGUCGGUCAGCGUACCUACAAGGAUGCAAUCAGGCUGCUCAAUGGCUUGCAAAGUAAUGCAGCCGUGCUCGAGCAAAUAAGGGCAUCAGGCGGUGGACAGACAGAAUAUACCAUACCAGAGACGGUCGAGUAUCUCGCAAGGAUAGGCUACCAGCCCGACGAUCUAGACAGACUCGGCGUCUUACACGUCACCGGCACAAAGGGCAAAGGCUCAACGUCUGCCUUCUGCGACUCCAUCUUGCGCACCCUGGCACCCGAUAGCCGCGUCGGUCUCUACACCUCGCCGCAUCUCGUGACAGUCAGAGAACGCAUACGGAUCAAUGGCGUGCCCAUCGAUGAACAACGCUUCUCGCGGUACUUUUUCGAUAUAUGGGACAGACUUGAGAGCUCGCCAAAACGUGCAAGGGAGUCGACCCCGCUCAGACCGGCUUACUUUCGCUAUCUCACCCUGAUGGCCUUUCACGCGUUCCUCUCCGAGGACGUAGAUGCUACCGUGCUAGAGGUCGGCAUGGGCGGCCUGUAUGACACUACCAACAUCAUCCCUCAGCCGAUAGUAACGGCAGUCACCGUUCUUGGCCUCGAUCAUGUUGCAGUCCUCGGCAAUACCAUCGAAAAGAUUGCAGCACAAAAGGGUGGCAUUUUCAAAAAAGGCGUGCCUGCUCUCACAGUCCCCCAAGAAUCUCCCGCCAUGAGAGUCCUGCAGACCUGCGCAGAGCGUGCUCAAGCCUCAGAAAUGAUCGUCGUACCAGAGCAUCCCCAACUGCAAAAGUUCGCAUUAGGUCUGCCGGGCGUACACCAACGGUCGAAUGCUUCUUUAGCUGCUGCGAUGAUAGAUGCGUUCAUGUCUUCGCAAAAAUUGCCUGUCAAGUUCAAAACGCUGCUCGGGGAGCUGCCAACUGAGUUUGAUGAGGACGAGGACGAUGACGACGAGCUGCCGCCGAUUCGCCAAGCUUCGAUCGCAGAGCCGACCACUCAACGAACUACAAACGACGUCUCUGUACCUCUAGACGAUCGGAUACUUCAAGGACUCAUCAAUGCGCGCUGGCCCGGACGAUGUCAGCGAGUUCCAGACCCCAACAUCACUGACCGGCCCAACGUCGAAUGGUUUCUAGACGGCGCGCAUACCAAGGAAUCUCUUGAAUGGUGUGCCAAAUGGUAUGUCGAAGUAGCUUCGGGCGAGACUUCCUCAAAGCGUGUCCUUGUGUUCAACUGUACCAGCGGUCGCUCCGCAAAAGAACUGCUGGGCGCGAUGGCGCAAGCUUUGUCGUCUCCGAGAAGCCAGCGCGCACUGUUCGAUACUGCCAUCUUCUGCACGAAUCUCACGUAUGCAGACGGCUUCAGUUCCGAACUCACUGCCCAUGCUUCUGACUCUGACAGCCUGAAGCAUCUGACCGUGCAGAAGGAAUGCGCGACCGCUUGGCGUGCGCUCGAGAGGAACGGCACGCUGGAGCAGCACGUGCUCGUGCUUCCUUCGAUCGAGCAAGCGAUACAACAUAUCACCGAACUCGCGGCUCGGGACAAAGCGCAGCCUGUCGACGUCCUGGUGACUGGCAGUCUCCACCUUAUCGGCGGCGUCAUGCAAGUCGCGAGCCUGCCGCUCUGA